AUGUUCAAACAAUUCCUUCGGUCACUUGGCAGAUCACCUGCCUUAAAAGCCACUAGCAUUGUUCCACUGGGAACCUCAAUUCCUGUGGAAUCAAUUGGUGGCGCCAUAAAGUUUUACCAUUAUCCCAGCUCUCAAGCUUCAGGUCAAUUAUUGAACAAAUUGAAGUCAUUAAGUAAAUUGCCUAUUCGUAACGCUACUAACGAUACGGCUACUGAUAAGUUUGGUCUUAAUGUUGUGACCAAUUCUCGUUUAUCUUAUGAAGAUUACAGGUAUAUCUUUGAUGAAUGUAUUAACGUUCAUCCCGGUAAUAAACUGAUUCUUGCAAAGAUUCUUCCACAUGGUCCUUGUUCCCGUUCUUAUGACUUGGAACCAGCUUUGGAUAGACAAUUUUUUGAUGAACAAAAUGUUAUCAGGGGACCUUUGGUGAUUGAUUAUCAUAAUUCUUUAAUUGCUAAUGAUGAUGAAUCUUUAGACAGAAUUAUGCAACACUAUUUAUCAUGUGGAAUGCAAAGACUGCCUACAGCUCAAGCUGCUCCCGCUUCCCUUGGUGAUCAUCAAUGGGCUGCGGCCUUGCAAGAGUCACUUCGUGAUUUGAAAACAUCAGGGUCAAAACCCGUGCACCCUCAUGUUGCAGAAUAUGCUGAUUUAUUUUGA